AUGUCAUAUUCAAAAAUAUUUUCAGAUUUACCUGAAUUAGUAUAUGAUAUUAUAAAAUAUUUUAAGAAUGAUUUUUCAACUUUACAUUCGUGUAUAUUAGUUAAUAGAUUAUGGUGUCGUUUAGCGAUUCCAUUAUUAUGGGAAAAUCCAUUUUUAAUUCCUAACGAAAAUUAUAACUUUAUUGGAAUUUAUUUACAUAAUUUAAGUGAUGAUUUAAAAGCACAAUUAAAUGAAUAUAAAAUUGAUGAUAAAUUAUUUCCUUCAAAUACACUUUUUAAUUAUCCCAUUUAUUUAAAAUAUUUGUAUAUAGAGAAAAUCAUUUCUUCUAUUGAAGAAUGGUCUAAAGAUGUUGAACUCGAAAAUAGAUCAAUUUUUGAAUUUAAGAGAUUAAUUCACAUGUCAUUAUUUAAAAUAUUUAUUGAAAAUGAAGUAAAUAUACAUACUUUUGAUAUUGAGGUCAAUUUUUCCUAUAUAGAUGAUAUGCUUGAAUUAAUUUUGCAAAACCCAAAUUUCCUUCAUAAUAUUAGAAAUUUAAAAUUCAAUUGUUAUGAUGACUUACUUAAUCAUACUAAAAAUCUUACAUAUCAAAUAAUUAAUUUAUGUCAAAAUCUUAAAAAAAUUUCAUUAGCUUUUAAUAAUAGUUUUCUUAUAUAUCAAACAUCAUUGUUAUCAAAAGAUUAUAAUCAUUCAUCAAAUACUUUAAAUACAAUCGUCUUGUAUAACAUCAAUUUUAAAAUUAUAACCAAUUUAGACAACAUAUUUGAACAAUUAAAUGUUUUAAAAUCUGUUCAUAUCAUUUAUUGUAUUUUAGGUACUGAUUUUAUUCAACAAAUAAUUAACUCAACUAAACCAUUUAAGUUAAAAUCUUUAUUCUUAAAUAGUAAUGAAUUACAAAUUGAUGAAUCAUUACUAUUAUUAAUACAAAAGCAUGGUGAUUAUUUAGAAAAUUUUGGAUUUUCAUCUGGUUCUAAUUCGUUAUCUGAGGAGCAACAAUUACUUGAAUUAAUUAUUAAAUAUUGUAAAAAUAUUAAAUUUCUAUAUUUAACUGCAAUUAUUAAUAAUAUUCAGAUUAUUUAUUCGUUAUUAAAUUUAACUGAGAAUGUAAAACAAAAUCUUAAUCAUCUUUAUAUCAAUAUCUUUAGCAAUAAUAAUUAUUCAAAUUCUAUUGAACUUAGUUCAAUUGUAUUACAAAAUUUAGGUCAAUUACUUCCUCUUAAAUUAGAAUAUUUAAGUUUAGUUCUUAAUAUUAAAUAUAAAAAUGAUUUUGAAAUGUUCUUAAAAAAUUCUCAGAAUACUUUUAUUAAAAAAUUGUUAAUUAAGAAUAAGAGAAUUAAAGAUGAUGAGGAAGGUCGUGAUAUUUAUGAUUUUAUUUUAUCUUAUAUAAAAGAAUAUAUUAUGAAAAAGAAAAGAGUCAAAUAUUUGGCUAUCAUUAAUUUCCCUUCUAAAAUAGAAUUGUUUUCAUUUAAAGAUGAAGUGAAGGAAUUUGAAUUAUAUAAUAUUAAAAUUCAAAAAUAUCGAGAUUUGUGUAAUUUUAGUAAAUUAAAAUUUAUAGAACAAUUGUAG